AUGGAUGUUAUACAGGGAGGGCGGGGCCUUCAUGCAACCCUUAAUUCUCACUCUAAAAAGUUUGUUGGAAUUCUAAAUGGAAUUGAUACUGAUGCAUGGGAUCCUGCAACUGAUAGUUUUCUCAAAGUCCAGUACAAUGCCUAUGAUUUUCAGGGAAAAGCAGAAAAUAAAGAAGCUUUAAGAAGACAUCUUGGGCUUUCUUUUGGUGCUGUCAGGCAGCCAUUGGAGAGGAACAAGAGGCCUGUUAAGGCUACCAAUUCACCAAAGUUUAAGCUAGUGGGAGAUAGUUCAAGCAUUGUUGGUUGCAUAACAAGACUAGUGCCUCAAAAGGGUGUGCAUCUUAUUAGGCAUGCCAUAUAUCGGACACUUGAACUGGGUGGACAGUUUGUACUUCUUGGGGCAAGCCCAGUGGCACAUAUUCAGAAGGAAUUUGAGGAUAUAGCCAGCCAUUUUCAAAGUAACAAACACAUUCGGUUAAUACUGAAGUAUGACGAGCCUCUUUCCCACUCCGUUUACGCAGCAACUGACAUAUUUAUCAUCCCAUCUAUUUUUGAACCUUGCGGCCUCACACAGAUGAUAGCAAUGAGAUAUGGAUCAAUCCCCGUAGCCAGAAAAACAGGGGGUCUGAAUGACAGUGUUUUUGAUAUUGAUAAUGAUACCAUACCGCUGCAGUUUAGAAAUGGAUUUACCUUUUUGAACGCUGAUGAACAGGGACUCAACGAUGCUUUGGAUCGUGCAAUUAACCACUAUAAGAAUGAUAGUGAUGGUUGGCGACAGCUUGUCCAAAAGGUCAUGAGUAUGGACUUCAGUUGGGACUCUUCAUCCUUACAAUAUGAAGAACUUUACGAGAAGUCUGUGGCCAGAGCAAGAGCAGCAACUCGUGCUUGA